CGCUCUGAUUAUAUCCUUACCACUACCCGAUUAACUAUUCAAGUAAAAUAGGCUAUUUUUAAAGUUGGAAUGUAUGACAAUGUCCUGUAUAGCUGCUACAAAACACUAACUUGAAAUGUUUACAUUUAGAUAGUAAGCGUCAUCGCUUUUAUACUCACUGAUCGAACUACCACUUUGGAACAGGGCUGCUAUAGCAGCCAGUCAAGAUGGACACCGCGGAGGAAGCGGACAUCUGUCGAGUAUGUCGGUCAGAGGGGACCCAGGACAAGCCGCUCUAUCAUCCUUGUGUUUGCACUGGCAGCAUUAAGUUUAUCCACCAAGAAUGCUUACUACAGUGGCUCAAACAUAGUAGAAAAGAAUACUGUGAAUUAUGCAAACAUAGGUUUGCAUUUACGCCAAUUUACUCUCCAGACAUGCCAUCUCGCUUACCUGUCCAGGAUAUUUUUGCAGGGCUGGUCACCAGUAUUGGGACAGCUAUCAGAUACUGGUUCCAUUACACACUGGUGGCCUUUGCCUGGCUGGGUGUAGUGCCUCUCACAGCAUGUCGCAUCUACAAGUGUUUAUUUACCGGCUCUGUGAGCUCCCUCCUUACUCUACCAUUAGAUAUGCUUUCAACGCAGAACCUGCUUGCUGACUGCCUCCAGGGCUGUUUUGUGGUCACAUGCACGCUAUGUGCCUUCAUCAGUCUGGUGUGGCUAAGGGAGCAGAUUGUCCACGGUGGAGCUCCACAGUGGUUAGAACAGAAUCAAGCCCCUCUGGUUCCUAAUCCCCCCAACGGCCCUGCAGCAGCUAAUGAGGAUCCAGGUGCUAACGCCGCAGUCAAUGCCCAGGCUGCUGCAGCUGCACAGCAUCCUGCAGCUCCACGUCCCGAUGAGCAGGCACCCGCCAACCAGCGAGACGGUGGCAACAGAAAUGAAGCUGACUUAGAUGAUGAUGAUGGAGAUGAUGAUGGGGAAGAAGAUGAAGAUGAGGAGGAGGAGGAAGAUGGCAGGGAAGAGGAUGCGGCGGAUGCCAAUAAUGGAGGGCAAGAAGAUUUGAACUGGAAUGCUUUGGAGUGGGACCGAGCAGCAGAGGAGCUGACCUGGGAAAGGAUGCUGGGCCUGGAUGGUUCCCUCGUUUUCUUGGAACAUGUCUUCUGGGUGGUGUCUCUGAAUACACUCUUCAUCUUAGUUUUUGCUUUUUGCCCAUAUCACAUUGGACAUUUCUCAGUAGUUGGACUGGGAUUUGAAGAAUAUAUCAAAGCAUCACAUUUUGAUGGCCUCAUCACUACAAUACUGGGGUACAUCCUCUUGGCUGGAGCUCUCAUAGUCUGCCAUACAUUGGCUUCAUUAGUGAAGUUCCAACGGUCCAGACGCCUUCUGGGUGUCUGUUACAUAGUUGUCAAGGUGUCCCUGCUGGUUGUCAUGGAGAUAGGCUUGUUUCCGCUUAUUUGUGGUUGGUGGCUUGACAUUUGUUCACUGGAGAUGUUUGAUGCUACUAUUAAGGACAGAGAGCAGAGUUUUGACUCUGCUCCUGGGACCACCAUGUUCCUCCACUGGCUGGUUGGCAUGGUCUACGUCUUCUACUUUGCCUCCUUCAUCCUUUUGCUCCGAGAGGUCGUUCGGCCUGGUGUGCUGUGGUUUUUAAGAAACCUGAAUGAUCCAGAUUUCAAUCCAGUGCAAGAGAUGAUCCACCUACCCAUCUACCGGCACCUGCGGAGAUUUAUACUUUCAGUGGUGGUGUUUGGCUCCAUAGUUCUGCUGAUGCUUUGGCUCCCAAUCAGAAUCAUUAAACUGCUCUUCCCAACCUUCCUUCCUUACAACGUCAUGCUUUACAGUGAUGCCCCCGUCAGUGAGCUGUCGCUGGAGUUGCUGCUCCUUCAGGUUGUUCUGCCAGCAUUGUUGGAGCAGGGUCACACUCGGCAGUGGCUCAAACGCCUCGUUCACGCCUGGACGUUCACAGCUGGAUAUGUUUUUGACCUUCACUCGUACCUUCUGGGAGAGCAGGAUGAUGAUGAAAACCAACCAAAUAACCCUCCUGGUCGCCAUAACAACAAUCGCAUUGCUGGGCUGGGGGAAGGGCUUCAUGCUGCCCACCAGGCUAUUCUGCAGCAGGGUGGGCCUGUGGGUUUCCAGCCAUACCACCGACCCCCCAACUUCCCCCUCAAGAUUAUUCUCCUUGUUGUCUUGAUGUGCGUGACUCUGUUACUAGCAAGUCUGAUUUGUCUCACACUGCCAGUGUGUGUGGGUCGUUGGCUCAUGUCUCUCUGGAUGGGCAACGCAGUGGUUCACGAGCUGUACACAGCAGCCAGCGGCCUCUACGUCUGCUGGCUGGCCAUUCGUGCUGCUACAGUGUUGCUGUCAUGGAUGCCACAGGGCAGGACGAUCAUCAUUCUCAAAGUCCACGAGUGGACGCUCAUGAUCUUCAAGACCGUUGUGGUAGCCAUGAUGUUAGCCGGGGUCAUUCCUCUCCUGCUGGGUCUGCUGUUUGAGCUGGUCAUCGUAGCCCCUCUCAGAGUCCCACUGGAUCAGACACCUCUCUUUUACCCCUGGCAGGACUGGGCCUUGGGAGUCCUUCAUGCUAAAAUCAUUGCUGCGAUAACACUAAUGGGCCCUCAGUGGUGGCUAAAAACAGUCAUUGAGCAGGUGUAUGCUAAUGGCAUCAGAAACAUUGACCUCCAUUUUAUAGUGCGAAGACUGGGCGCUCCAGUCAUCUGCGUCCUGCUGCUGUCUCUCUGUGUGCCCUACACCAUCUCUAAAGGCGUUACGCCGGUGCUGGGAGUGCAGCCAGAGAUGCAGACCUUGGUGGAGAGGAGAAUCUACCCGUUCCUGCUGAUGGUGGUCAUGCUGUUGGCCAUAUUGUCCUUUCAGAUUCGACAGUUCAAACGUCUCUAUGAACACAUAAAAAAUGACAAAUAUCUGGUCGGGCAGCGUCUUGUAAACUACGAAAGGAAGACGGGCAGGAGUACAUCCUCCUCCUCCUUCAGCACCUCCUCAUAGACCUGACUUCUGUUGAAUCAGUGGAGCUGAAUGACUCUGCCCAGCCCCGGAGGCUAUCAGCAGCUCCAGUGGUGAAACCUUUUUUUGUCUUUGCUCAGCCGUCAACUUCAAACGCCAUCCAUAAACUUUUAAACAUGGCCUAGUCCAUUCAUUCUCCAUCAUCUCCCACAGUCGUAGGCCGGGAGGCAAAGAUGUUUACGAGUGAAGGCAAAAGUGGCCUCACUCCAUCAAAAGCUUUUGAUGGAACGUAUGAAGUUUUUGUACGAGAUUCUUAAAUCAACCUGCAAAACUGUCAGCAUGACUGAAACAUGGCAGAACCAUAAAUUCACUGGCAGUUCCUCCUGUUACACAUGUUCGUUCUUUAAACUUUAUUUUAAGGUUUGGGUUGAAGUCAGGUAAGUAGAGUGUAGCUUUUACCUCAGAUUGCUCUUCCUUUUGAAUGUUUGAUGUGAAAAAAAUUUUAGCUGGAGUGUCUUAGACAUUUUUAGAGCUGAUGAUGAGACAUUUGGACCUUAUUAGUCCUGCUUCCACUGCUGGUUCCUUUCAAAGGUUGUCAGUGCUAAGGUGGAAUGUAGAUAGUGUGGAAACUUGAUUGUAUUUUCCAAGGUUACAUUUCUAGAGUGAGCUAAACAAACAAGAAGAAGAAGAAGAAAUUUGUUAAUAACAAAAUCAAGAACAUUAGUUUUCUGAGUUUUAACAAGUAUGGGGCUGCAUGUGAGUUCUAAUUUUUAAAUGGUUUAAAUUAAUUCACCUUGGACUUAACCAGACAAAAAAGCUAUCACACAUCAGAGUUUAGCACAUGAAAACAUGAAAAAAAAACUUAAAUGUUUUCCGACAAAAACAGCCUCCAGAUCAGAGGCUUAAUUUCUAUAAAGCAGUGGAGGACAGGCAUACAAGUCAGCCACAGAAAGCUACCAAAGAGGACGCCAUGACAACCGGGAGUCUGAUUUCCUUUUAAACUUACUAUCACAUUUAAAAUGAGCAAACAAAGCGGUCAGUCAUUGUUAUUGUCAAGUGUAGUUAAAGAAAACCCUGCACUGAU